UUGGCGGAGCCACCGCCUCUCCCUGGCCCGUUGUGUCAGGCUGAGCCGCUCCUCCCCUCCGUCUGCAGCUCCUCCUCCGGGCAGGUGUGUCCCGGGCCCGCGGCUGCCUGCCCCACUCCCUGCAGAGACACCCGCUGAGAGGUCACCCACCGCAGUCCCAGCAAGCCAGACAGACCAGCUUGGUGAUCUGCCAUGGAAGCCGCAGAUGCCUCCAGGAGCAAUGGGUCGAGCCCUGAAGCUAGGGACGCCCGCAGCCCGUCGGGCCCCAAUGGCAGCCUGGAGAACGGCACCAAGGUCGAUGGCAAGGAGACGAAGACCGCCAACGGGCAUGGGCACGGAGGGGAGGUGGCCGAGGGCAAGAGCCUGGGCAGCGCCCUGAAGGGGGAGGGAAAGAGCGCCCUGUUCUCCGGCAACGAGUGGCGGCGGCCCAUCAUUCAGUUCGUGGAGUCGGUGGAUGACAAGGGUUCCAACUACUUCAGCAUGGACUCUGCGGAAGGCAGGAGGUCGCCCUACGCGGGGCUCCAGCUGGGGGCCGCCAAGAAGCCGCCCGUCACCUUUUCGGAGAAGAAGUCCAUCUUCUCGGAGCCCCGGAAGCCCUCGGUGUCCAUCGUGGAGCCCGGGGAGGUCCGCAGGAACAGCUACCCGCGGGCCGACGGGAGCCUCCUGCGCUCCAAGUCGGGCUCCGAGGAGGUGCUGUGCGAUUCCUGCAUCGGCAACAAGCAGAAGGCCGUCAAGUCCUGCCUGGUGUGCCAGGCCUCCUUCUGCGAGCUGCACCUCAAGCCCCACCUGGAGGGCGCGGCCUUCCGCGACCACCAGCUGCUCGAGCCCAUCCGGGACUUCGAGGCCCGCAAGUGCCCCCUGCACGGCAAGACCAUGGAGCUCUUCUGCCAGACCGACCAGACCUGCAUCUGCUACCUUUGUAUGUUCCAGGAGCACAAGAACCACAGCACCGUGACGGUGGAAGAGGCCAAGGCCGAAAAAGAGACAGAGCUGUCACUGCAAAAGGAACAGCUGCAGCUGAAAAUCAUUGAGAUUGAGGAUGAAGCUGAAAAGUGGCAAAAGGAGAAGGACCGCAUCAAGAGCUUCACCACCAAUGAGAAGGCUAUCCUGGAGCAGAACUUCCGGGACCUGGUGCGUGACCUGGAGAAGCAGAAAGAGGAAGUGAGGGCUGCCCUGGAGCAGCGGGAGCAGGAUGCUGUGGACCAAGUGAAGGUGAUCGUGGAUGCCCUGGACGAGAGGGCCAAGGUGCUUCAUGAGGACAAGCAGAUCCGGGAACAGCUUCAUAGCAUCAGCGACUCGGUGCUAUUUCUGCAGGAAUUUGGUGCUUUGAUGAGCAAUUACUCUCUCCCCCCACCUCUACCCACCUAUCAUGUCCUGCUGGAGGGAGAGGGCCUGGGGCAGUCACUGGGCAACUUCAAGGAUGACCUGCUCAACGUGUGCAUGCGCCAUGUUGAGAAGAUGUGCAAGGCUGAUUUGAGCCGUAACUUCAUUGAGAGGAACCACAUGGAGAACGGUGGUGACCAUCGCUACAUCAACAACUACACAACCAGCUACGGGAGCGAGUGGAGUGCGCCCGACACCAUGAAGAGAUACUCCAUGUACCUCACACCCAAGGGGGGCGCCCGGACAUCCUACCAGCCGGGGUCCCCCAGCCGCCUCUCCAAGGAGACCAAUCAGAAGAAUUUCAACAACCUUUAUGGCACCAAAGGUAACUACACCUCCCGGGUCUGGGAGUACUCCUCCAGCAUUCAGAGUUCCGAUGACCUGCCCGCAGUCCAGGGCAGCUCCUCCUUCUCCCUGAAAGCAGGCACUGGGAAAACCCCCUAUCAGUUCACCACCUUGGGACAGGCCACUGCCGAGUUUUCCAAGCCACUGGACCGCAGUGGGCUGUUUAAAAAUAAUCCUGGCUAUCCCUCCCUCAUCCGCAGCCAGACCCCUAAGGCCCAGCCCCAGACCUGGAAAUCCGGCAAGCAGUCUGUGCUGUCUCACUACCGGCCGUUCUACGUCAACAAAGGCAACGCGAUGGGCUCUAACGAGGCCCCCUGAGCUCCGGCACGAGGGAUGAGGCACUGCCACCCCUGCCCUCUCCGCUGCUCCUGCUGUUCCUGCCUUCUAAGCCACUGUGCUCUUCCGGGUGGUGGCCUGGCCCUUCCCUGCUGCCCCGGCCCCCUGCCAGCCCUCUCAGGACUUCACCCAGGCCCCGUCUUGCUUGGUGACUUUGGGUGGGCCCCUUGUUCCUAUGCCGAGGCCAACCCACCACAGGGGGAGAACAGGGUCACUCUCUCUCCGACCCACCACCCUUCUCCUCUGGGGUGGGGUCACCGAGGCCCACGGGGUAUCAGCCUGCCCUCCUGCCCAGGCCCCGUGGUCUCCAGGCCUCUUCCACCUGGUGCCUGGUGAAGCAGCUGCCUCCCUCCCAUCCCCAAAGACCUGCCUUCUUUCCAGCAGGUUGGCCCUGAGAGGAGAGGGCUUUUGUGUUGAGAGGCCCCUGUGUCCUCUGGGGUCCUACCAACAGCCCCCACCCUGGAAGAAACUACAGGCGUGGCCACAGAGAGGCCACUGUCUUGGUCUCACCCAAGACAGGGUGGGCCAUGGGUCUGUGCCAUAUCCACUUUGAGUCUGGGUCCGCAGAGGGUGAGCAGGUUGACUGUAGCCAAGAGAGUUCUCUCCUCCACCUGCCAGGAUGAGCAAUUCCCUGACGUGAGAUAAUCUACCCAUGAAAAUAGCUACUGGCCCGGCCGCGCCAGGGAAGUACCACUUACCUUAGAAUCUCAUUAACUUCUAAUUGAUGGUUCGCCCCGGCGAUGGACAGCCAACUGGCUAGUAGCGGCCAGUGCUGUUUACCUUGCGUUGCCCCCAAGGGGAGCCUGCCUCUUCCCCUGACUGCCCUCUGUGUCACACGCCACGGGGCUCAGGGAGACAGACCAAAUCAGGAGCAGCACGGCGGGGUUGUCUUUGACCCCAGUUCCAAUGGGGGCUCGAGGUGGCCAGCUUGCAGGGGGUGGCAGACUUUCAGCUUGGGCUUUCCCCUCCCGAAUAAACCGUUGUCACUCAUUUCUCUUGUGUUGAAU